AUGACGAGCGAAUAUAGUUUGGACUAUUUCCAUGGUGCCCUGUUGGAUGAAGAUGCGGAUAAAUUACUCGAAAAGGAUGGCGAUUUCUUAAUUCAGGCUCGGAGUGAUCCAAACCGGACACACACCAGACUCAUUCUGGCUGUUAGAAAGGGUGGUAAAGCGCGACGAUUUGAUAUCCAGCGUUUGGAGAAUGGUUUUCGCAUUGUUGUACGUUGCAGAGUAAUUCAUGAAACUCAUACAUCUCAUUCGCUCGAGAUGUUCAAUCCAUUAUCUAUGAUAAAGUUUUCAGAUCGUAAAUGGAUCGUAAAAUGGAUCGAUCCUAUGGUACAUAGGAUCGUAAAUUUUCAGGGCAGAUCGUUCGGUGACGUUAAAUCAUUGGUGGAAUAUUAUCAAGCGCGAACAAUUGACUGUGGAAAAGGCGAAACCAUCCAUCUCAAGCAUGCCGUACCCAAAGGGAAAUAUCAAAUGAAUCAUAAGGACGUAAAAAUUCAGCGAAAGAUAGGGAGUGGUGCUUACGGUACCGUCUACAAAGCGAAGCUAGCGCGAGAUGGGCAAACAGUGGCUGUGAAACGCUUGGAUUCGGAUGACAAGAACGAACAAGGGCUAAUCGAUAUGAUGAAGGAAGCUCGAGUAAUGCAGUUAUACGACCAUCCGAAUGUUGUUCGCUUUUUUGGCUUUAUUGUCGACAGACCACCUUAUCUUCUUGUCAUGGAAUACUGCAAGGAUGGCUCGGUCGAGGAUAAAUUGCGAGAGUGUGGAGCCAUUGUUUCAAUUGCUACUCGGGUUGAUAUGGCCUGUCAAACGGCCAGAGGGAUUGAAUACCUCCACGAGAAAAAAUGCAUUCAUCGGGAUUUAGCCACCCGUAAUUGUCUUCUUUCUGGACAAGUGCUAAAAUUGGCAGACUUUGGAAUGUGUCGAGCAACACUUGUUUAUAAGAUUGACCUGAGUAAGCCACAAAAUGUCCGUUGGCUGGCACCUGAGGUUUGGCGAACGGGCGAGACUCGUUUCUGCACAGAUAUAUACGCAUUCGGUAUAACGUUGUGGGAAUUCUUUGAAAUACCUUAUAAUCCUCCGUACUUUGGUUGCUCAAACAGUUCAUGUUUGAAGGUGAUGAAAGGCUAUCGAAUGCCAAGUCCGGACGAUAUGCCCGAAGCUGUGAUAACAUUAAUGUGCAAAUGCUGGGAUCAUGAUCCCAAAAGAAGACCGACUGCAGCCGAAGUACGUCAUGAGCUCGAGGAAAUUAAUAAGGUAAGACAAUUCUACUUAGAUUAA